AUGAACCCGCACAAGAUCAAGCGUAAACCAGUCACCGCUCAAACAUCUCAGUCGCAACUACCACAAGAGUCCGGUAGUGGCUCCUAUCGUUCUCCUCAAAGGACUCCCCAACCUAAAGGUCCUUUGGGUCGGAAUGAGAACGUCACCAAUGUCGAAACCACUCCACCCUUUCCGAUCAUGCGUCGUGGGGACGUCAUGUCCGGUUCGCCUUCAAAGGCAGCUCAAAGCCCAUCCGGUCCUCGAACUAGACAGAGUCAACCUCCUUUAAAGGACGACGCUGGCGGAAAGGAUGGUGGAGACCUUCCUUCAUCGUCGACUUCUCUCCCCGUCAUUUCCUCCCGACCGGAUGGGGAACGACAAGUAGCCCGCCCUCCCGUCUCAGGACCUCGAGCUCCUAUUAGAAACUCCGCCACCACGGGUCUGACGAGCGUACAUAUCGGUACCAAGCCGAGGGUCGCUGGACAGGACGCCAUCGGACAGACCACUGUGCGCAUGAAAAAGUCCGGUUCGGACCCAGAUACAGACAUGAACAGGUUUGGUGAACGCAUCCCGGCCAUUCCAGGAAAAGGCUAUGGGAUGAUGAAAGUACACGAGGCCGAGGACGUACCCGGCGUAGGAGUUGGAUAUGGACGGAAGAUGAAGAUGCUCAGUAAUGCCGAUUACGAUGACGAAGACAAGCAGACGGAGUUUACUUCUUCUUCGGCCAACUCCAACUUGGGGGAGAGCCGGGAUUACGGACACGGCCAGCAACAUUACAGGCCGAAAUUCGCUGUGCUGACCAUCUCGGUGGAAGAACAGGCGGCCAAGUACGAUGCCGACUAUCGAGCGAGAUUACGACGGACCGAGCGGGGACGGGCUAGAGGUGAUGAAGGGGGAGAAGGAGCCAAACGAGGCGCAGCAACUGCAUCGGACGACGAAGCAUAUUGGCAAAAAUCCAUGCUGAACGACGAUCCCCGCAUCGAAGGAAUCUACACCUUCGACUAUUCCCCCAACCCGGUCGGGCAGAAGAAGAAAUCUCGCCCGAAGACGCAUGAAGAAGAGUUGUCCCGAAUCACCGAGUACGAGGACCCGAGCCGACCAGGGAUCGUGAUGAAGUCGAGGAAAUAUCUCCCACCUCCCGUGGACGAGCGGAGCUACGGGGUACCGGCUGGAAGGCGGGUUAGGGCGUUCGCUAGAGAAAGGGAGAGAAUGGAAGGAGGCCACCACGAAGGGAAUGGUCAUGCCAUCGGUAAUGGGAAAGAGAAGACCCCUAACCCGGCGACGAGACGUAAGGAGGUUUCUACCUAUUCGGCUUUUAGCGCGAGUUCCGAGGAAAAGGCCGUCCAAGCGCUCCCGGUAGAAAGACGUAGGCGACCUCUUCUAGAGGAGAGAGAGUCGGUCACCCCGAAAGCCUCUCAGGCGCCUCUGGCUGCUGAACGACCGGGACCGGCCGCGGCGAGGUCUAAUCCGAACAUGCGACAGGAUCGGGUGGAGAGACAGCCGCAGUACCAGGCUAGUGAGGAAGAGUAUGAGGAGGAUGAAGCACGGUUCCGGCAAAAGGUCCGAAAGUUGAGGAGCGAGCCGGCGUUUCAUCGCGAAACCGAAUCUCGGGUUCGACAUGAAACGCCUUCGUACGCACAUGACGACCCUUUCAUAAGGUCGAGCGGUCCCGUAACACCUCAUGACCUAGACGACCCUACCGUCCCUCCGAUGCCCGAUGGUGAAGAGUACGACGAGCAGACCGAAAGGGAACGUCAAGAAGCUUGGAGGCAAUACUAUGCUGCUAUGCAGAUGUACGCCACGUCGCCCAUGGUCUCGCCUGGUGCUGCUAUGGGUUAUCCAGGUGGUGUACAAGACAUCCGCCCCGAAAGUAUCCCUUCCCAAGCGAAACUUGAAGAAGAAGCAACGGCUCGCGCUCGACGAGCUGAACGUAAACAUCGUCGGCGAGAACGAGAGGCUAAAUCGGAAGUGCCGGUGCCGCCUCCGAAACAAGCGAGACGAGAGAAAUCUUCCUCGGCACUCGCCUUGAACGGGAUGGUCUCACCCGCUGAUCCGGUAUUACCGACACCUCAGUACGGUGGUCUCUAUCCGGAAGGAUAUUUUGCAUACGACCCUUAUUCAGGCGGCUCGAAUCCGGCAGCCCAGCCCCUACAGGCAUAUGGUCCCGGGCAUGUCCCGAAUGGGUACAACUCGGCUGCCGAUCCGUUCGCGAUGCACGCCGUCUCUGCUGCGUUGAACGGGGCGGCGGGAUACGGGAUGGUCCCCCCGGCGAUGAGGAACAAGCGAAGCUGGUAUGGCGGGAGAUAUUCAUAA